UUCUACCUUUUAGAAUUGGAAGAAAUGUUAUUCUGGUGUAUAUACGUGAUCAUUCAGUUUUGUACGUAGGCGCUAGUCGUGUUGUAAUGAAAUAUUGAUAUAAUAUUUUAGAUUUUGUAAAAUAACAUCUAUGAAAUGAAGACAGGGCACAGUGACGGAUGUAGUUGUACAUAAACAAUGGAGCAGAAGUAAUAUAUUCGUUUUUGCCGGUGUUAGUAAAUGCUUGUAGUCUUGAAUUAUUUUAUUCUAUUCAGGGGGUGAGAUGUACCUAUAAAAAUGUCGGUGAAUACGUCACAACCGAUUGUGUCACAUUCUCCAAAAAAUAACAGUAAGCAGUGUAGUGCAACGAACGUGCUAUCAGUGGAUAUACCGGGAGAAGAUUUCGAGUAUAGUUGUCUGUCCUGCUAUCUGUGCAAUGGUUAUUAUGGUCCAUGUUUUGGUGAACCAGUCUGUGCUACAUGCCACGCUUUUGUUUUUCCAGAGGACUUGUAUUACACCGUAGCAGUUGCAGUACUCAGUGAGAAAACUGAUGAUGGAGAUUCGGGAAAUGACGAACCCACAGACCUAUAUUACGCAGUCGACAGACGCCUCAGCCAGCAGCAGCUACCCCACCCUCCACCUGCACCGUCAGCAGCCUCUGGUGAAGAACCUGCGGUGGCAGCAGCACCACUCCAGCAAGUGGUGCCCCUGCCUCCCCCACCUCCACCUCCCCCACCUCGCCCUACGCCACUGGCAAGGAGGCUCGAAAUAUUGAGCACACCAUCAGAACCUUUUGAUCUGAGAAUGAGCCCUGGAGUGCUUGAGCGCUUGCCACCAGAGGUUCUCCUUGCUGUCUUUUCAUAUCUUGAUGAUAUGUCACUAUGGAGUGUGGGAAAUGCUUGUAAGCGUUGGGCUCAUCUCGUCCAGACCCACGUGAGCAAUGAACAAUGGCGACAGUACACAAUGCAGCGCUGGCCUCUCUUCAAACCUCUAUUUAUUGUUCAGAACUGGUUCAAAGUUUAUUCUAAACUCACAGAGAGCUGUGCUUGCAAGCUAUGUCUUCAACAUAUGGCACUACAGCUGCAACCACCUGGAGAAGAGAAUUCUUGGAGGAGAAACAGGCUCAGAAAUGAACUUAAGAGUUUGAGAACAGAUCCUCCUGAAGGCAUUGAGGCCAUACCAUUGGAUCAGAAAUGUUGUCAUUGGCAGGCUACAAUUACUGGCCCUGUAGGCAGCCCCUACGAAGGAGGCCUCUUUUACUUGUACCUCCAGGUACCUUACAGUUAUCCCAUGUGUCCACCUGUAGUGCGUUUUCUCACAAAGAUAUUUCAUCCAAAUGUUUCUCGGCAUGGUGAUGUUGGCAUCGACUCAAUUCAGCACAACUGGAGCUUGGCGCUGACCAUAUCAAAGGUUCUGAUAUCAGUGCAGAGUCUUCUCACAGAUCCAUAUUGCCAAGUGUGUAUGGAACCAUCAGUGGGUGAAUUGUAUAUGAAUAAUAGAGAAGCCUUUGAAAAUGUGGCCAGAGCAUGGACUUGGCGUUAUGCCAUGCAUGAUGCCAUUAUCCCUCACUAGAUGCUCUUGGAAAGAGGAUAGCACCAUUGUGGUAUACAUGUGAGAGGAUAAUGAAGACCUGGAAAUGUCUUCAGAGUACAUCUUCGUAGAAUGAUAUUCCAGUUGUUAUAAGCUUUAGCAGAUGUCAAGAGUUAUGUUCAGCCCAAACGUCUGUAACAAAUUUUGUAUAUUAUACAUAUUGUAUUAUGAAAUCACUAUAUCAAUAAAAUUCCAUGAACUCACCAA